GUUAAAACCACGUUUUGUUUUUAAAAGGCAACAAUUUGAUUCCAACCGAUGUUUAAAUGUUUCUUAAUUUAAAUUAAUUGUUUAAUAGUGUAAUUAGUUUGGUGAUUGUUGGAGAUAAUCUGUCAACAUGUCUCACUACAAUUUCAAAAAGAUUCAAACGGUUCCUUCAACAAAGGAUUUUGUUGAUAUAAUUUUAUCAAAAACCCAAAGGAAAACACCAACAGUUGUCCAUAGACAUUACCAAAUCUCUAGGAUUCGUUCAUUUUAUAUGAGAAAAGUUAAAUACACUCAACAAAAUUUCCAUGAUAGAUUGACCCAAAUUUUAACAGAUUUUCCGCGAAUCGAGGAAAUUCAUCCAUUUUUCGCUGAUUUACUUAAUGUUCUCUACGAUAAAGAUCAUUACAAGCUGGCCUUGGGUCAAAUUAACACAGCUCGACAUUUGAUUGAUAAUGUGGCUCGUGAUUAUGUUAGACUUUUAAAAUAUGGAGAUUCUCUUUAUCGAUGUAAACAGCUUAAGAAAGCAGCAUUGGGACGAAUGGCAAAUAUCAUGAAACGACAAAAUGAUAGUUUAAUCUAUUUGGAGCAAGUUCGUCAACAUAUCUCUCGAUUACCUUCAAUUGACCCUAAUACAAGGACAUUGUUAAUCUGUGGUUUUCCAAAUGUUGGUAAAUCCAGUUUUAUCAAUAAAAUUACCCGAGCUGAUGUUGAAGUUCAACCAUAUUCAUUUACAACUAAAUCACUUUAUGUUGGACACACUGACUAUAAAUAUCUUAGAUGGCAAGUGAUUGAUACUCCUGGUAUUUUAGAUCAUCCUCUUGAAGAGCGUAAUACAAUUGAAAUGCAGGCAAUUACUGCAUUGGCACACAUACGAUCUUGUAUAAUCUAUGUAAUCGAUGCCUCUGAACAAUGUGGUGUCAGUCUGGAAGAUCAACUUAGUCUGUUUAAAAGUUUACAACCACUUUUCACCAAUAAGCCGAUCCUUAUUGUCAACAAUAAGAGUGAUAUUGUUAAACUGGCCGAUUUACCGGAAGAAAGGAAACAAUUAUUAGAAAAAUUGAAACAAGAAAACAAUUUAACCAUCAUGGAUAUGAGUACAGUUGCUGAGGAAGGUGUUAUCGAAGUCAGAAAUGAAGCUUGUGACAUGCUUCUUGCCCAUCGAGUUGAGAUGAAGAUGAAAAGUAAAAGUAUCGAAAAUGUCGCUAAUCGACUUCACGUUGCUAUUCCUCAUCCAAGAGAUUCACAGGAACGGCCACCCUUUAUUCCUGAAGGUGCAAGCAAAAAGAAAUCGCAAUUAGAUGAUGAUAGUGAUUACGAUGACGAUGAUGAUGAUGAUGUUAAAAUGUCUAAACCUAAAAAGAAGACAGAACGUGAUAUUGAACUAGAACUGGGCGAUGAUUAUAUUUUAGAUCUUAAAAAACGUUAUGAUAUCGAAGGAGAUCAAAAGUUUGACGUUAUCCCUGAAAUUUGGGAAGGUCAUAAUAUUGCUGAUUUCGUUUUUGCCGAUUUGGAAAAGAAAUUGGCCCAAUUAGAGGAAGAGGAACGUCAACUUCUUGCCAAUGGUUAUUACGAUCCAAAUCUUGAAGAAGAAGAUGAACAAUUGAAAGAGAUCAGAGGUUUAGCUCGACAGAUUAGACAUAAGAAAGCAUUAUUGAAGAAUGAGCAUUGGCUUAAUAAAGGAAUUACUCGAGCUAAAUUACCACGAACUGGACGUAAACGAGAGCGAAGUGUCUCCAGAUUACGACACGAGUUUGAAGAACUUGGAGUUGAAUUUUCUGAUGAUGAGGGUACUCAUUAUGCCGAUGCAUCUGCACCAAGACCUCGAGGUCCACCAUUGAAAAAACUGAGAACAGAUAGUGAAGGAAGAGUUCGAAGUAGCUCAACCAAACCAAGAGAUCAAUCUGGUGUCCGUGAUAUUGAAGAAAAGGUCAAAGUUAAAGCGAUCGCCAAGAAAGCUCAAACCAAGAGGAAUCGUCAAGCAAGAAAAGGUGAAGGUGAUCGUAAGAUUGUUAACCUUAAACCUAAACAUUUACUCACAGGAAAACGAGGGUUGGGAAAGAACCAGAGAAGAUAAAUUAUCUCUAUGUAUCUCAUCUUAUUCUAUUAAAAUGUUUAUCCUGCAA